ACCUAAUCCUGGGAUUGGGGAGGAGCGGAGCAGCCCGCUUCUCCAGGGUCCUCUUCCUCCCUUUCCUCCCACUCUUCCCCUCACUCCCAAUCCCACCCCCCAACCAGGUGAGGCUCCCGCUCCAGAGCUGUACUUCCUUUAACCCUCUGACUUCCAGGACGGAGUUUGGGGUUGAUAGAAAGACUACAGAGAGGGUCCGGGUGGGGGUGGGUUGGGGGCAGGAGGUGGACGAGGGACAAACUAGGAAAGGCGGGCGAAACGAAAUCAAUUAGGUGUUGGAGGUGGAGUACUGACCCUGCUGGGGUCAGGCGAGGUGUGGGGACAGCUAAGGGAGAUAAGAUUCGGGCGUCUCUGUCUCUCAACAGAGGUGAGGGUUUGAGAUCCCAACAGCCACAUAGCCCCCCCCCCCCCCCCGCCCCAGUCAAUCGCCCCACCCCCAGCCCAUUUUCUUUCUCGUCUUCCCUGCUUCAGCUGCAAAGGGAGGGGACCUCUGUGCGGAGCUCCCUGGGCGGCUAUUGGCAGCGAAGGGAGAGCCGGGACAGAGCUGGGGCAGGGAAGCCUGCUGGGGGCGGAACGGGCGGUGCCCGAAGGGCCCAGCCGGCGCAGGAGCAAUCCCAGCCUCCCGCCUCCUGGUACCCAAGGAGCGGGCCCCGAGUGGAGGGAAGCAGCUCCAGCUGGCCCAGACCCGGGAGACCUCCGUCGGCGCCAAAUCUCCCAGUCAGUUCCUCUUCCCUCCCUGACCCUCCAACCCUCCAUCCCCCCCCCCCACACACACACACCAUACACACCACACACGCAAACAUACACCCUCUUCAUCCCAGAUCCAGCAGGAACCGUGAGGAGUUCUGUCUUUCACUCUCCGGAAGCAGCAGGUUCAUGUGUGGAGACCAGCCUUAUAUGGACUGAUCACUUCAGCUAUGGCUUAUUUUUUUCUUGCCACCAGACACCGCACACUGUGCUGCAGCCGGAGCCAGAAGUAACCGCACUUUGGCAUCGUUCCUGGAGUUACAAACUGUUACUCAGACCAACAGCCCGCGGGACUCCGGGCUUCUACUGCACGAAUAUCUGAGUCCUUUCAAAGAAAAUAGUGAUUUUUACCCCCCUCCAUUUCCCCACGGUUAUAUAUAUAUAUAUAUAUAUAUUUUUUUUUAAUAAAAUCCAAUACCCCUCCCCCAUAUACCCCUUCCCCUUUCCCAUCCCCCACUCACCCCCGCCCCUGUGAGUGUGUGAGUGUGUGUUCCCGAAGAACUGCGGAUUGACAAACUGGUGUUGCAACUUUCCUGCAUAAAUUGCGUGGCCCAGACCAUGUCGCUGACCAACACAAAGACGGGCUUUUCGGUCAAGGAUAUUUUAGACCUGCCUGACACCAACGAUGAGGACGGAUCCGUGGCAGAGGGGGCAGAGGAAGAGAGCGAGGGAUCGGAGCCCACCAAGAGAACCGGGGUGCUGGGACCGAGCGCCCUGGAAGCAGUUCAGACCUUGCCCCUGAAAAAUCCUUUCUACGACAACAGCGACAACCCCUACACUCGCUGGCUGGCCAGUACCGAGAGCAUCCAGUAUUCCUUGCACGGGCUGGCGGCUGGGGCGCCCCCGCAGGACUCCAGCGCAAAAUCUCCGGAGCCCUCGGCCGACGAGUCGCCGGACAACGACAAGGAGACCCCAGGCAGCGGGGGGGAAGCGGGCAAAAAGCGGAAGAGGAGGGUGCUCUUCUCCAAGGCACAGACCUACGAGCUGGAGCGGCGCUUUCGGCAGCAGCGCUACCUGUCGGCUCCGGAGCGCGAGCACCUGGCCAGCCUUAUCCGCCUGACUCCCACGCAGGUGAAGAUUUGGUUCCAGAACCACCGCUACAAGAUGAAACGGGCGCGGGCCGAGAAAGGUAUGGAGGUGACCCCCUUGCCCUCCCCGCGCCGGGUGGCCGUGCCCGUCUUAGUCAGGGACGGCAAACCCUGCCACACGCUCAAAGCUCAGGACUUGGCCGCAGCCACCUUCCAGGCCGGCAUCCCCUUCUCCGCCUACAGCGCCCAGUCGCUACAGCAUAUGCAAUAUAAUGCCCAGUACAGCUCCGCCAGCACCCCUCAGUACCCGACAGCGCAUCAUUUGGUGCAAGCUCAGCAGUGGACUUGGUGAGACAGACGCCCUAGCCCUAGAGAGAAAGACUCAAGGCUCCAAAACAAAUCUCACUCCACUGGAGGACACUAUAUUAUUAUUCUAAUUAUUAUUAUGGAGUUUGCUCUUGGCUUUUUUUUUUAAUAGAGGGAAAUGUUCUGAGCUCUUUGGGGUAGGGAACUCCAAUGGCUCGUUCCCUCUCUUUUUUAUUUUGGAGAGAGGGUGUUUGGAGAUCUGGGAGCCGUGUUUACAAAAUUUUUGCGCAGUCCUGCUUACUUGCCACUCCCCUGGGGAGAGGAGGGGGGGAGAGAAAUCGUCGUCGUCUUCUGAAAAACAAACAAACAAACCAACAAACAAAAACUUAGAUAAAUCUCCCUCCACUCAAAUUAAAACCCCUCUGCUCUCGUGUUUUUUUUUUUUUGUAAAGUAUGUUUGUGUGCCGUAGACAUGUUGUCAGUCGUCUUCUAAAGCAAGUGGAGAACAUUUAAAAUAGAGUUUUAUUUCUCCUUUUUAUAAAAAAAAAGAAAGCAAAACAAACUUUAAAUAUUUAUGGCCAUGUACACAGUCUGACAACUGGUAGCAGGUUCUUCUUGCCUUCAUUUCCCUCCCUGUUUUAUAUUUGUUUGUUUGCUUUCUGUUUGGACUUGGGUUUUUGUAAAUAUCGGUGGUGAAUGUUGCCAAAAGUAACCUUCAGGGCGAUCUUUCUCUUCUCCUUCCUUUCCCUUAUCGUACUUUCUUUUUUUUCCCUUCCUUUUUCUUUUUGCCUGGAUGCAAAUAUGUCCCAAAUAUGAAAAAAAAAAAAAGAAAAAAAUGUAGAAGAUCUAACCCCCACCCCCACCCCAAUCCCUUCUCAUAAUUCUCGGGGCCCUGUCCACGGGAAUAUCCAGUUCAGUGGUUGUGUACGACUCCAAAAGGAGCGCUGGGAGAUUUUCGAUUUUUUAUAAGAAUUUUAAUAAAAAUGCUGUGUUUAAAAAAAAGAAAGAAAGAAAGAAAGAAAGAAA